AUGAGGCCAAUGAUGAAGGAAGACUCGGAGGCAGCCCCGGGGCUGCUGGUGCUGGUGGCCAGCGCUGCCGGGCACGCGGCGCGGCGGGCGGCGGUGCGGGCGAGCUGGGGGUCGGCGCGGGAGGCGGGCGGGCUGGCGGUGCGCACCGUCUUCGUGGUGGGGCUGCCCGCGGAGGAGGAGGCGGAGGAGGAGGCGGCGCUGCAGGCGGCGCUGGAGCGGGAGGCGGCCGAGCGCGGGGACCUCCUGCAGGGCCGCUUCGCCGACACCUACGCCAACCUGACGCUGAAGACGCUGGCGCUGCUGGGCUGGGCCGCCGCCCGCUGCCCCGCCGCCCGCUUCCUGCUCAAGGCCGACGACGACGUCUUCCUCAACCUGCCGGCGCUGGGCCGCCACCUGCGGACGCUGGACGCCGCCGAGCGCCUCUACCUGGGCCGCGUCCACUGGAGGGCCGUGCCCAGCCGCGACCCCGCCAGCCGCCACUACGUGCCCGCCUCGCUCUACCCGGAGCCCGCCUUCCCGCCCUACUGCAGCGGCACCGCCUACGUCCUCUCCGGCCCCGCCGCCGCCGCCGUCCUGGCCGCCGCCCGCCACCUGCCGCCGCUGCCCCUGGAGGACGUCUUCGUGGGGCUCUGCGCCCGCCGCGCCGGGCUCUUCCCGCGCCACCUGGCCCGCAUGGCCGGCUCCGCCCGCUUCCCGCCCGACCCCUGCUGCUACCGGGAGGUUCUCUACAGCGCCCACCGCGUCACGCCCGCCCAGAUGCUGGCCAUGGCCGCCCAGGCCCAGCUCCCCUGCUCCGCCUGGCACCGGCUCCUCGGGCUGGCCCGCUGCAAGGCCAUCAGCUGGCUGGCCGGCGACGACGGAGGAGAGGCGACUGCGGGAGCCGGCUCCCCUCGGAAGGCUGCGGCCCUUCGGCGGAGGACGGAGCAGGGCGCCUCCCGCUCAUCGGUCUUCCCGGCGGCCCUUCCCCGCUGA